AUGCAGACGCAAUAUCGUUCAUAUCAACAAGGGACACCUUCACGGACAUCUCAUGCUGGUGGUAAUAGAAGAGGUAUAGCACCUGCAACCGCCGCACCAACCAGAGAACAAAUGUCGCAACAGCAAUAUCAACAGCAGCAGCAGCUUCUCUUGAAGCAAAAGGAAGCUGCAAAGAAACGAGCAAGCGAACCAACGGAUAAGAAUAUUUCAGAUGGGGUAGAGGAUGUGAUUAUUGGGGAUGGUGUGCAGAGAUAUAGAGAGUUGAGGGAUCUCGAGAGAAGAUUGGAUGCGACAAUGACGAGAAAGAGAUUAGAUAUUCGAGAAAGCGUGGAUAGGAAUGUCAAGAGACAUAGAACUUUGAGAAUUUGGGUCAGUAAUACGGUGGAAGAUCAGCCUUGGCAAUCAGAUAAUACUCUGGAUGUCGAUGCUUUUGAUUUCAGCACAAACAUGGACUCUUCGUUUCGGGUCAAGAUUGAGGGCAAAUUACUGGAUGAUGAGGAUAGCGACGAUAGCGAUGAUGAUGAAGACGAAGAAACAGAAAACGUUGUCGAUUCUAUGGAUGUGGACAAGAAAAAGAAGACCAAGAGUCCAGGAAGACUUUACAAACUGUCACAUUUCUUCAAAUCUAUGACGGUUGACUUUGACCGGAAUCAAAGAACCAAGGAUGGAGCAGAUCAGAGCGUGGAGUGGAAGAAACCUAGCGUUGCGCCAAAUGCCAAUGGUCUUCCGGCAGCUGCAGACUUUGAUCAAUUAGAAUUCAAGAGGUCCGGCGAUGAAAAUUGCAACAUCGUCGUUAAUUUGGUCCGUGACGAGACACCGGAGAGAUUCCAACUAAGCCCCGUUCUCGCAGCUAUCUUGGAUACCAAUGUGGGUACUCGUGAAGAAGUUACAAUGGGAAUUUGGAGUUAUAUCAAAGCUAUGGGACUUGCAGAUGAUGACGAGAAGAGAACUUUCGAGCUUGACGAGCGACUUAGACCACUUUUCCCGGGUCGAGAAAAGGGGUAUUGGCCCCAACUCGGUGAUGCCAUCAUAUCCCACACAACAAUCCUCCAACCAGUCCGCCUCCACUACACUAUACGUGUAGACAAAGAGUUUCACGAGAAUCCUCAACCUACAAUCUAUGACGUCCAAGUAACAGUCGAAGAUCCCCUGAAAGCCGCUCUUGGAGCCGCCACCCGAAAUCCCGUCUACGCCGCCAAUCUCCUUGAAAUUGCAACCUUAGACAAACAACUCGCGGUAAUGAUCCGAGCAAUCGCAAAUUCUAAAUCAAAACAUGCGUUCCUUGAUGCCCUUUCAAAAAAUCCUACCGAGUUUAUCAAGAGGUGGAUUAGUUCGCAAAGGAGAGAUUUGGAAAUUAUUAGUGGGGAUGGGAUGAGAGGAGGUGGAGAGGAUGCUACGAGUGAUGAGUGGAGGAAGGGAGGUACGGAAGGUAUUUGGGGAAGUAAUAAUGUGAAGGAGCUUGCUGCUUUGAUGGUCAGCACGGCAUUUCACAGCUCAUCUCUUCUAAAGCUUCACGACAAUAACCCCUCAAGCUCAAUCCCCAUCUCAGACUCGGGUCCUCUAUUGCCCCAAAAACUUCAAACGAAGAAUUCCCUUCAUAAACAGAAACUCACCCAAUCUCAAUCUCGAUCCCGUUACACAAUUACCUCUCGGAAAAUGUCACCACCGCCCUCUUUCGCCCCCGGUAACACGGCCCUCAUCACGGGCGGCGCUUCCGGAAUCGGUCUCACGCUUGCUAUUAGAUGUUUAGGCUAUGGUAUGAACAUUAUCCUGGUAGAUAACCAUGGGGAUAAUUUGGGUGCGGCUCAAACGUAUCUUACGCAGAAGGCGGAUGGUUCGCAACAGGUGGUGGGGCUGAAGGUGGAUGUUGGGAAGGUGGAGGAGUGGGAGGGGGUGAGGGAGGUGGUGGAGGGGGAUUUUGAUGGAAAACUUCAUCUCCUCGCCCUCAACGCUGGUACCUCUCAACGCGGCGGUUUCGCAAACUCCUCUUCUACCGAAUAUUUCAACAAAAUCCUCAACAUUAAUCUUUUUGGUGUCAUAAAUGGCAUUAACAGUCUUCUUGCCUACGUCACAUCGCAUAGCUCUCCCUCCUCAAUAAUCAUCACAGGAAGUAAACAAGGAAUCACCAACCCCCCAGGAAACCCAGCCUACAACUGUUCCAAAGCAGCCGUAAAAGCGUUAGCCGAACAUUUAUCAUUCGAUUUGAAAGAGAAGGAGACGGGUGUGCAUUUAUUGGUGCCAGGGUGGACGUACACUGGGAUGACGGGAUCGGGUUCCUCCCCGUUUGUAGUGAAGAGCGAUGGAGAGGUGGAGAUAGUGGGGUUGGAGAGGAAACCGAGGGGGGCGUGGUCCGGGGAGCAGGUGGUGGAGUAUUUGGAGGGGAAGAUGGGGGAGGGCGUUUUUUAUGUGGUGUGUCCGGAUGGGGAUGUGAGUGAGGAGUUGGAUCGGAAGAGGAUGGCUUGGGGGGCGGGCGAUUUGGUCUACGGGAGGGCGCCGUUGAGUAGGUGGAGGGGGGAGUAUAAGGAGGAAUUUGAGGAGUUUGUGAAGAGGGAUUUGUGA